UUGUUCGGACGCGGUUUGUAAUGGAUUGUGCGUGGAUGUUGAGCCGGGGGCUGCGGCCCGGCAAACUCUGCAGUUACUGCGUUGGGGUCUAUUGCAGCCGUCACCACCGCCUGCUCCAAAGAGGGCGUUCGAUCCACUUUCUGGGUGCUUCGGCUGGUGCGCCUGGAUGGGCUCUUUGCAGGCCCAGGAAAUGCCGAUUGCAGUGGCCGCGCAGACAGCGCCUGCUCGGCGCAAGUGAACUCUCUCGACGCAUGACUACAGAGGCGUCCCAGGCAACUUUAGCCAGUGUGGCACCUGUAUUCUCUGUGAUGAAAUUUGACAAAAAAGGCAAUGUAACCUCAUAUGAAAGAAAAAAAACAGAAUUAUAUCAGGAACUAGGUCUUCAAGCACGCGAUCUACGGUUUCAGCAUCAAGUGAACAUAUCGCCAAGGAACAAUACAAUUAUCAUGAGAAUGGAGUUUUUGAAGGCAGUGAUAACACCGGAAUUUCUUCUGAUCCUAGACUAUCGCAAUUUAAAUAUGGAAAAAUGGCUGCUACAAGAACUGGCUUCUCAGCUGGCUGGAGAGGGCCAGCUAGUUACAUAUUCUUUACCUUUUGAAUUCAGAGCGAUAGAAGCAAUGCUACAAUACUGGAUCAACUGUCUACAUGGAAGACUUAACAGCUUGCAACCUCAGAUUCUUGAGACGCUGGAUGCUUUAGUAGAUCCUAAGCUUCUGUCUGUGGAUAGGAGUAAAGUUCAUGUUCUGUUGCAAAAUGGAAAGAGUUUGUCAGAGUUAGAAACAGAUAUUAAAGUGUUUAAGGAAACAAUAUUGGAAAUCCUUGAUGAGGAAGAACUCAUGGAAGAGCUGUGUCUAACUAAAUGGACAGACCCACAAGUAUUUGAGGAGAGUACUUCUGGAAUUGACCAUGCAGAGGAGAUGGAGCUGCUAUUGGAGAAUUAUUACAGGCAGGCAGAAGAUCUUGCUAAUGAAACUCGUGAACUCAGGGUAUUGAUUGAUGAUUCUGAAAGUAUCAUCUUUAUCAACUUAGACAGCCACCGUAAUGUAAUGAUGAGGCUGAACUUGCAGUUGACCAUGGGUACUUUUUCUCUUUCGCUUUUUGGAUUGAUAGGAGUUGCUUUUGGAAUGAACUUGGAAUCUUCAUUUGAAGAGGACAGAAGAAUGUUCUGGCUGGUGACAGGAAUUAUGUUCCUGGGCAGUGGCCUGAUAUGGCGGCGCCUGCUCUCAUUUCUUGGAAAGCAUCUGGAACCUUCAUUACCUCCACCUAUGCCUGCUUUGCUGAAAAGAACUCAUCUAGCAAAUGGGAAAGUAGAAUUUAAAAAUGACUUCAAAACAGAAUCCCUUGCGUCAAACAGAAGUACAUUGACCAACCACUGAUCAGAUCUGUUUUUGUUCAUAACUGACUCUUACCUGUAUUUUCAUGCACUGAAAGUAUAGGAGUCUUUAAGAGUUGACUUCUGGAUAUGCCAAAGAGGUACAACAACGAACAUCAAAAUAUGCAGAAGAAUUUUGUAUGUAAUUUUGUACCACAGUAGAAAAGACUGGGACCUGUGCAAGCUUAAAAUUCAAAUUUUUUGGUUGAUGCUUUCAUGUAUUUCUUUUUGGCCUGACCUUCAUUAAGGAAUUAGGUUCCACUGGAAUAUAAAAUCUGUUCCACAUGUAUGGCAUGUAUUCUGUUUUGAUGGUUUCACAAGUACACCAUCUGUUGCUCCAUACAGGUAAAAUGUUCCAUUCAGAAUGGUUCUAGUAGUUAUCUUUACAUAGGAAGAAGGGAAAUUUCCCAUAGGCACUUUUUUGAAAAUCUUGCUUUAAAAUUCUGUUUAUACUUGUUCUUUUGUCAAUUUCUCCUUCUCCAUGUUUGAAUGAAACACUUUCUCCUAGGGGGACAGGUCUUGGAGCAUAGAGGUAGCAUCCAUUGCUCAGAGGAUGUUCUUUACUAUUACUCUGCUACUAUCCUCCCACUGAGUUGUAAACAGCUAGAUGAAUCUCCAUUGCCAGUACAAAUAUGCAGACACUCCUUGCUAUAUUCCAGUGGUCGCUGCUCCUUUAAUUGCAAAGAAUUUCAAGAAGAUACUGAGGGUGGAGGCAAUUCAGAGAAUGGGAAUGACUACCAUCUGUUAGCAGUUCAAGUUUAUGGCCGUAGAGGGCUUCUGUAUCACACAAGCACCCUUGUUCAAGAAUGGACACGAUAUGCAUGUCGCUUGUUGGAAAUGGAACUGUAACCAAUGUCCUACAAACCCAGCAAUGGUGACAUUUUAUCCAUCUGUUGUCUGGAAAGAGGGCUGGAUUCGGUCUCCGUCAUUGUUCUGUCUUCCUUAACAGCUGAAUGGUAGGGAUUUUAACUCUUGAAACUGCUCUAACUGCACUCCAUUGAACUGAGGCAUAGCAGAAUAACAUGCUUUAGGGUUUUUUAAACUUACAUUAAAGGCAAAUUAACUGUACACUGGGAGUAACUUCCAUCUGUCAGACUGAGAAGGAUGGAUAGAGUUAUGAAUGACGGUAAAAUGCUAUUCAAACAAGGUAAAAGUUUUUUAUUGUUUGUGUUUAAACAUGGGACAAGCCAGCAUAACAUCUAAUUGGCUUGUGACUUCAAACAGGGCAAUACAGUCAUAAAUCAUUAACCUUGCAAUUGCAAAGGAAAGUGAGACAGCAUUUCAUUAGAGUAGAAAACAAGCUAUUUAUAGAGAAAUUCCCAACAGGCAAUAAGAACAUGCAAAAACUUUUAAAUCCUGCUGAGUUCAUCAUACAAAUCAUGUGUCCUGCAGUGCUUCAUAAAUCCAAACUCCCAUCCAGUCCACUUUCAUGUAUCGUGAAAUACAUGAAGAUUAAUGGAUGGUGCUUGGGAAUAGACCACUGCCAUCAAGGUUAUCGCUUACUGUGCUCUUCAUCUUGUGAAUCUGUUCAUUGAUUGUAGGUAGAUUUGUUCAGUAACUUAAUAAUAAUAGUGCUAUCUGUUUUUGACACUAAGCCACUGUACUGAGUGGAGAAAAAAUGGGUUCUAAGAGCCUAAAUAAUAAAUGGUGACCUUAGCUAAGAAAUACCAUUGCCUGUAUACUAAUUAUUUAAAUUCUAAUAGGUUGGGAGGUGUGGGCAUCUAUCGGCUGCCAGAUCCUAG